UGUUUUCUUCUUUUAAAGCCGGCGAGAGAAUUGUCGAAAAAUCAAAGAAAAAGGGACAAACUUUAGAAAAGCUUAUGGAUCCGAUCGAAUCUGUGGAUUACAAUGGCUUUGAGACCAUUAAAUGUAACUCCGACGUCGACCAUGGAUCGAAGAAAGUUGUGUCUCGGAAGCAAAAACCGGCGGAUCAGUCGGCGAAGAUGGUCGCUGCUUAUGUGGAGGAUGAGUGGAGCGGUGCCGGUGAGGCGAUAUCUAAAAGCCGAUCGAAUUGUGACGGUGAUGAGGGAUAUGAUUUCGACAACGAGAUAGCGACGAAGGAUGUGAAACCCAACAAGGAGACGAAGCCGAAAGUGUCUUUGGCCGAAGCUGCCGCAAAGAUCGAUCCUUGGGAUCUUGCGGAUUCCCUCGCCAAAAUAUCGAAAUCGUAUCAUGAGAUGAGAAAAUGUCUCGCAAGACCCCUUUUGGAGGUGCGGCUAUUGAGAUUUGUCGAUUACCUUGGGAUAACACUUUCCGCUGUGCAAUUUCCAUGGCUGGAGACGUUCAAGCCUUGGCCCAAGCUCAUAGAUCUGAUCGAUGUUCCAUUAUCUCAUAUCCCUGAACCUGUCUACAAAACAUCAGUCGAUUGGCUCCACCAAUUACCUAUUGGGACACUCGCUGCCUUUGUAUUGUGGUCGUUGAAUCAUAUUCUCACGAAUUUGGAACCAGGAGGUCCCAAAGGUGGGGACAAUGGUCAGCAACGUACUACUUCCAAAUCUCAUGUUGCAAUAUUUGUUGCACUAGCAAUGGUAUUGCGCACUGAACCUAAUACUUUGGUUAUUGUAUUGCCGACUCUCAAGGAGUACGAGUAUCGAGGACAUGACAAGCUUCCGAUUAUAGUUUGGAUGGUGGCUCAGGUUCAUGCCUCCCAAGGUGAUUUAUCUGUAGGCUUGCAUUCAUGGGCGUCUAACUUGUUACCACUAGUACUAGUCGAUAGCAACCCUCACUCAAUGGAUCUCAUCCUGCAGUUGGUUGAGAAGAUUUUGUCUACUCCAAAUGCUCGGACCAUACUUUUAAAUGGAGUUAUCAUAGAGGAACUGCGACUGGUUUCACCUUAUGCAUUUGAGAUCUUGAUGCGGCGUGCAUUCCCAUCCGCAAGAGUAAAGGCUACAGAGAGGUUUGAGGCAAUUUAUCCCUUGUUGAAGGAAGUGGCUCUUGCCGGUGAACCAGGAAGCGAGUCAAUGAAACAAGUCACUCAAGAAAUAUUCUAUUGUUCUUUGGUAAUCGCUGGAAAAGGAAAUCCUGCUUUAGCCACGGAAGCUACAGCAAUGGCUAUCUGGUCUUUGACCGAAAACGUAGAAUGCUGCAAGCAAUGGGAAAGACUCAAUUGGGAGAAUCAAAAAGGUAGUGCUGCUGUUCUUAAAAAGCUUGAAGAUGAAUGGAAUGAUAUUUCCCUCAAACUAUCAUCAUCACCGAGUCAUACUAUCACUCUCAUUCAAACUAUGAAGAACAUCAGGCUAAAGAAUAAAAAAGCCACCACUGAAGCUGACAAGUCCUGCAAAGUGAUCUUGGGUAGACUCUUCCGUGAAAGUGGCUGCGUCAAAGGUACAGCCAUUAUUACUGCUGUGGUUCUAGCUGCUGCAGUUAUACUAUCUUCCAACCUGUAGGCUACAUCCGUGCUGAAGAAGCUGGUGGACUCAUUGGAUCUGCACCUAUACUUCAAAAAAAAAAAUUUAGUAUAUUUAGGCGAAAGCUUCUCUUAGCUAUGACUUGUGUGGAUUAUAGAGUUACUCUAAAUUAUGUGGUAUUUAUAGAGUCUUCGGGUCCAAUUGUUGGAUUUGUUAUGGAAAAUAUAAUAUUUGGAACAAUUAAUUAUAUAUUUCAAUAUAACAAAAUUUAGACGUA